CAGCGUUACCAGUCUUUCUGCAAGGGUCGUACUAUAAUGAAUACUCUAAUCGUGUUAUUGGGGAUUCUAGCUGCGGCGCAUGCCGUGCCAGCUCAUUUUCCUCAUGGAAAAGUUGUCACUUAUCAAUAUAUCGCCGACGCGAAGGCUGGAGUCGUCGAGCCGUCUUUACAUGCGUCUCAGUUUGGCAUCGAAGGUCUUCUUCAUAUACACCACGAUGUCACUGACCCAACCCUGAGAAAUGCCUAUUAUGUCACCUUAACUGAUGUCAAACAUGGAAUGCAUAACGGGCAUAUGGAUCCUGAUCAUAUGCCUGUUACGCAUCCUAUCGCGGACGUCGCUAACGCGAUACAGAACCCUUUUUUGAUCGUCUUUGAUGAAAAUGGACAUCUUCAAGGUGUGAAGUUGAUGGAAAAUGAGCCUGUAUGGUCGAAGAACAUGAAGAAGAGCAUCGCUUCUAUGCUGCAACUGGACUUGGCCAAUAUUCACCUUCAAACCCCGAUAAAACACCACAGUUUCAUAACUCAUGAAGAUACCAUACACGGCACCUGCGAAGUGGCGUACAACGUACACGCAAUGGAUCAGCUGCAUCCAACGUCUAGCAACGUUUUCGUAGUUACGAAAAUGCAUGAACCGAGUAAUUGUACUCAUUUUAAUCAUCAAGUCUUCAACCACGCCGAACCCGAGCAAUGUCACAUUGAACAGCAGGAUGGUUUCACUACAGCCAGCAGGCGCGUUUUCGAAAUAGAACAUCAUGACCAUGACAUUCUUAUUAAAAAACUAGUUAGUUAUGGAGUGGUCAAUUACCUGCCAUGGUUGGCCAAAUUAGAAGCGCAUUAUCUCAUGACUAAUCAAACAUUGAUUCUCGAUAAUGUGUCUGCGGAUGUGCCGCACACUGUCAAUUUCCAAAAUGUUCCGAUUGUCCGCGACCUUGCCUUCGAAAAACCACAAACGCAAUACGUUCCUCAGGCCGACAUAGACGUAACUCACGGCCGACACUCAGUCAAAUUGAACGAGCUGGUCGUUAAAUUAAGGAAGAUGCUAGACGAGGCUGCUGGUUACCUCAAAGAAAGUCAUUUGGAAAAGAAACAACCUGACUGGAAACACGGCCAGACGAUUAACAGGCUUCUCAACAUUAUGAGCUACAUGAACGUCGAAACUUUGGAGCAAGUAUGGAACGAAGUGAAAAAUGCCAAAGACACCAAGGAGAUAGCGAUAAGGAAUAUCUUCCUUGGAAUAGUUCCAAAUGUAGGAACCACAGCUGCCUGUCUUUUCACGCGGAACGUAGUUCGCACGAAGAGCGUACCGGAUUGGGCUGCCGUUCUGAUGCUUGGUGUCCUUCCUUCGCACGUAAAGGUUCCAUCGAAGGAACUAAUUGUGCAGAUGGAGGAACUUCUCAACUUAGGAGACACCGUUUCCACCAAUGUCAGAGAAGCUAGCAUAUUCUGUUUCGCGACAUUGAUCCACAAGACCUUCAAGCACGAAAAGCAUGGAGUGGCCGAUCCUCUUUUGGACAGAUACUUGCAAUAUUUCACGAAUCAUAUUAAGAAGGAACCAACGCAUCAUAUGAGAAUGGUGUACAUGAUGGCCAUGAAAAAUGUUCAACUGAGUCAUAUUUUGCCACUUCUGGAGCCGAUUAUCCGCGGCGACGUAGUCGUUGCUGAAAAACCGCAAACCAUCCGUACUCUUGCCAUUUGGAGCAUCAAAUCCGUGGCCGUUGAUCAUUCACAUUACAUUCACGACCUGCUUUGGCCGAUUCUUACAGACAUUAGUCUUCCAACGGCGACUAGAAUUGCUGCUUACGAUGUUCUAAUGACUCAACUGCCAGACGCGGGACAUCUUAUGAAUAUCCAUUGGCUAAUGGUUUUCGAAAAGAACGAACAUCUCUACAAUUAUCACGUGGAUACUAUCAAGGGUCUCGCUAAUUCCGUAGAUCCUUGCUUGAUGCCAGUUCGAGAGAUAGCCAGCAAAAUAUUAAGCUUUACUAAACCUAGGCACGUAGUCGGUACACUUUCGAGUAAAUUCCACGUAGAAUAUGUGGAUGAAGAAUACGGAUUCGGUGAAACUGUGAAAGGAUCUUUGGUCGUUGAUCAUUUGAGCGGCCUGCCAUACGUCGGUUCGGUUGAACACGUUACAUCCAUUACGCGCAGACCUACGACUGGAUGGGGAAUUCAUUGGAAUAUCGAUGGUUUGGAUAAAGUUGUGAAGACUACCAAGCACGAAGUACUCGGUAAAGCGAUAAAAGCGAUCAAGAAUGAGAGCGUGAAGAAUAUAUUAACAAAAGUAGCUUUAGAUAUGCCUCAGACUAAGGAUAUCGAUAUUAACGUGAUGUUCACGAUGAAUAACAAUGUCGUGUCGAUGUUCCACUCCGACAAGAACAAUUGGCUACAGAUUCUGGAUGAAAUAAAGCAAUGGAGAAGAUUCCUUACCCAGUAUAUGAAUAACAUAAAUUGGCAAACCGUCUUGUAUCACAAUCAUUUUGAGAUGCACAUUCCUACCGAUCUUGGCGUACCAGCCGUUUUCGCUUCGAAAGUGCCCAGCUUCGACUCUGUUAAAGGAAACGUUGUCCUUUCGGAAGAUAAAAAUCUUCUGGGCUUGAAGAUAAAAGUUAAAUAUCAAUGUUGGAUACAUGCCGAAUAUAUGAUGUCGAUCUACAACCCUAUCGCUGAUACCUGGCAUUCUAUUCGUAGGGCAUCGUCUCAGGACGUUGCUCUACCUAUUGAUUUGAACAUUGGCUACAAUCAGGACACAAAGAACCUGAAAAUCACAUUGCCAAGACUGCCUGUUUCGGACUUCUCGGUUGCUGGAAUAGCGAUUUACGCUAAGAAUUAUGUUACCAUCACGGGCGACGAGACCGAUCAACUGAGGUCCAGUUGCGCUUCUUGCCGUCAUCAUGAAAUGGUUACCGGUAACAUAAAUUCGAAGACAUACGAGAACGUGAUCGAUUCGAAAGACACUGGACUUCGCCUCACUAUGGCAGUGCACAACUGCGAAAGUCAUGUCACCCCUGUUUCACCCGUUGUCGAGUGGCUCAAAGUACUUUCGGAUCAACACAAAAGUACAAUGGGGUACAAAUGGGUGCAUCUCACCAUGGGAAUUCGUCAGCAUAUGAUGAGGGACAUAAUUUCGGGACAAGGAGCGAGUUGUACGACCUUGAUCAAAGUUGAGCCAAGUAUCGUUUAUCCUACUUCAAUGGUCGACUUAACUGGAAAAGUCAGUGUACAAGAUUUAGACCACACUCAUCAAAAAUUGGACUUAUUCAGUAACAUGAGAAUCGAUGUUCGUGGAACUAUAAAUGUUAAAGCAGCAGCUAGUGACGAAUCCAUAAGACAAUGGGAUGCGAACGUUAACGUUAUAUUACCUCAGGGCCAUAUGAACAAUAGUAUGAAAGUUAUGAUUACUCGUACAACACCAGGAGAGAAAGCUCUAAAAAUGUGUAUCGAAGGACAAGUGGACUACCAAGCAGUUACGACAGACUUAUUGAACGUAGAUUAUGGAAAGAAGGAAGUCAACUGGAAGAUGACAGCUAACAUGGGACAAUCGAAAGAAGACAAAUGUGUACGCGACGAAAUGGACGUAACGAUGACUGUGAAAGGCGAACUGUUGCCAGAACAGAAGGAUCAUAGCGUUCAGAACACGAUGCACGAUUUGUGCACUAAACAGAGACAGAAUCCUCUGUUCCACACCGAAGAGUCAGACGUUCCUCGAACUUGGCAUUGUAUCCAGGAUGCCAUACUUCAAUCGACAUUGAGAAAAUACACAAUAAAUAUGGCGUUGAGAAAGGUACCUCCGCAGGUGGUAUCGACGGCAAAUAUAAUGCAAGACUUGUUGGGCGCUGUUUCCUACCCGUAUGUAACAUAUACUUCGGAGCACGUAGAACCCGGAAGUGCAAGGAUUAUUUUGGAAUAUCCACUCUUGACAUCUGUUCUUGAUGCCACCGUUAUGACUCCGACGCAUAGUUACGAAUUAGUACAUUUACCAGUAGGCGAUCCACUGUGGCAUGUAAUGCUGAGUAACACUCAUUUUGGCGUCUCGAAACUGUAUAAAUAUUUCAACGGGAAUUUCAUGCACUGCUCAAUCUAUCCCCGAGUUCUUUUUACUUUGGACAAUGGCACUUUACCUUUUAUUAUACCGGAUAAAUGGACAUUGAUAUCUGGUGAUUACGUAGAUCAAACAUACAGUGUCUUCGUUAAAUCAGUACAAAACGACAAGUUGGCCUUAAAGGUCAAUAUUGAUGGAGUUGAAUUAGACGUCAUACCAGGUGAUUCAGGAAUUACGGUCACAGUGAAUAAUAAGCCCGUAGACAAUUACGAAAAGGGCGUUAUGGUACCAGAAAAUGAACCGGAAUCCUACGCUAUCAAACUGACCAAAGCCUAUAACAACAUAGCAAUUGAAUCGCAAAUGGUACCAAUGCAUAUUUACUACGUACCAAAGAGCGUAAGCGUUAUUCUGGAUACUGUGCUUCAGGGUCAAGUGGCUGGUGUCUGUGGCCAUAUGGACGGCACGCAUAAAGAAACAAUUCCAAAAAUUUAUACCGUAUCGCAUUUUUAAGGCGAUCGAACGAAAUCAUUUAAUCAUUCCCCUCAUCCGACAAUUACCAUUUAAUAGAAAUACAUAAUUCGCAAGAUGAAGUACACAUAACAUUAAGUUUGCUCUAUUACGGAUACGUGAAAUAAUGAUGUAGUAAUAAGAAAUGGAAGAAUAAAGUUUUAUUUUGGGUAA